CACCGGUGCCUCCUUAGCGUCCCGCUGCCGCGGAUCUGAGGGCCCCCUGAGAGGCACCUGCGCAAGAACUUCAGCCUCUCUCCGGGGAGCGGGGAGCGGGCCGCGUCCCGAGGCCGGGUCAGCCCCGAGGCAGCCACUGGACAGCCGCUCCCAAGAGGACGAGCGCCGCGACUCCUGGGCACCCGGCGGAGUCCGCGGGACGGCGUUCCGAGGUAGUUGGUCCUCUCCGGGUAGCCUUCGGCGUCCGGUGGCCUGCCGGGCAGAGUCCACGUGACUCAGGGGGGCAACAGGCAGGAGCAUGGCUGCCACCAGACCGCUGUCCCACUUCUGGGAGUGGGGGAAGAACAUCGUGUGCGUGGGCAGGAACUACGCAGACCACGUCAGGGAGAUGCAGAGCGCCGCACUGAGCGAGCCGGUGCUCUUCCUGAAGCCGUCCACCGCCUACGCCCCCGAGGGCUCGCCGGUCCUCGUGCCCGCCUACACCCGCAACCUGCACCACGAGCUCGAGCUGGCCGUGGUGAUGGGCAAGCGCUGCUGCGCCGUCCCGGAGGCCGCAGCCAUGGGCUACGUGGCCGGCUAUGCCCUGUGCCUGGACAUGACCGCCAGGGACGUGCAGGACGAGUGUAAGAAAAAGGGGCUGCCCUGGACUCUGGCCAAGAGCUUCACGGCCUCCUGCCCGGUCAGCGCGUUCGUGCCCAAAGAGAAGAUCCCUGACCCUCACAACCUGAAGCUCUGGCUCAAGGUCAACGGCGAACUCAGGCAGGAGGGUGAGACAUCCUCCAUGAUUUUUUCCAUCCCCUACAUCAUCAGCUACGUUUCAAAGAUCAUGACCUUGGAAGAAGGAGAUGUUAUCUUGACCGGGACGCCAAAGGGAGUGGGUCCCGUUAAAGAAAACGAUGAGAUCCAGGCUGGCAUACACGGGGUCGUCAGUAUGAGAUUUAAGGUGGAAAAGCCGGAAUAUUGAGUGUAUCCAAAGCACCCUAACUUCUUAACACGUUUCAGGGGGAAGGGGAACAAGAUAAAAGCAAGAAAAGGUUAUUUAAUGUGAUAAUCCUUUAAUGAGAAACCAAUUUUUUAAAAAUGAUUGGAUUGCUAUGCCUCAACUCAAGGAAGAUGGACCGUCGGAGAAAAACCUGAUCUAGAAGAGCUGGGCCAGAAAUGGAAAUGAGAAGCAGUGCCUCCUAGGAAACAACAAGCCAAAUGUUCAGAAAACUUACUUUCCUUUCCUAAAACUGGACCGGAUAAGACUUCAGUGGGUCAUUCUGCGACCACGUGUUCAAGACUUAAAAUCUGCAAAGGAAAUGGAAAAGCACGUUUCAUCAGUGUUUCCCAAAGUUCCUUGAUGAUGAAAAUCAUCUGGAGGUGAAGUGUAGCCUUUGAAGUGCCAGACCCAAAUUACGCUGGACAAACCUCCCACACUGUGGAUCAACACUGACCGCAGUGGUGGGUCUUUGCCCUGAAGCAAGUGACCAGUGACCGGAGAUGGUGUGGAGCUGAGCAGAGCACUCUGGGGCUGCUGCAAAGGCAGCUGAAGUGGAGGGGCCGUCGCCCUGUCAAAGCAGAGCAGGUCACCCACCCUUCCAAGUUCCUAAGACUCGUCACCGCUUGUGAAACUUCUGAAGCUGGUCUUCCCCGAGUUGAUUCAGACUCACAAAUGUCAAGCCUGAGUCAGCAAGCCUUCACAAGCAUUGGGUAGCUCUGAUGUGUCAUCAGAGAAAGUAACCGACUAGAAAAGCUCUACAGUGAUCAAAACAGUUGUACAGCAUCACCCAUGGACUUCUGCCGUCCCCACCCGGCACUGGGAGAACCGGUCGUCCGCGCCCAUCAGCUCCAGCAAAGUAGUCUGAGCCAUGGCCACGUUGUUUUUAUAGGUUCUGAUCUUUCUCCAGGCAAACAAGACAAAGAGGAAAGGGGCUUAAGAAAAAUCAUUCAUAUCUGUGGGAAAGAUUAAACUUGUUUAUUAAUUCAUGCAAACAUUUUCCAACUUGGGAAGAGAGAGAGGGCAAAGCCAGUAGAAAAGGCCUUCUAAGAAAUGAAUAAGAGGGGGAUUUUAGGAUUUACUCUUAACUGACUCCAGGGGGAAACAGAAUAACAAUUUACAGAAACAUUCUCACCACAUUUGAACAAAAUACAAUUUUAUCUGUAAUUUUCAAACUCAUUUUCCACUUUAAAGGCGGUUAAAACUUGUAUUCUUUUCCAGAGUUUAAAAUGACGUCUGGUUUUUAAAUAUUUCCUUGUCCAGACAAGUUCCUACUUGCCUCGAUAGGAUCUGCGAGCUUACAGGAGAGCACACUCGCUCUCAGUCCACCCCUUGCUCUAUGAGAUAAAAAAAACUGCAGGGAGAAAAAGAGAGUUAGUUUCUAAAAUCACCUGGUAUACAACGCUGAAAACCAAUGACCACAAAUAGAGAACAGCAAUGAGUUUUCUUUACAGAUAUGAACAAAUACUUCAGUGAAAGCUGUAAGACAAUGGAAAGAGUUCCAGUCUCAGGCAGAGUUGGGAGAAAAAUUAUAGAUCUGGCUUCUGACAGUAAUUUUGUAAAAAUCCACAUCAAUUUUUCAUGACCUUUUUCUCAGGUAGGAAAGUUGGCAUUUCAAAUCCAACAUAUAGAAAAAUGGGCUUAAAGUGUGUUCAAACAACCAAUUGUGACAGACGUGAACCCGCAGCAGUAACGUGACCUGUUAGAGCACAACAAUAUCAUGAUGCAGUUGAUUAAUAAUGAUGUCUCACUUUUUACAAUUUACAAAGCACUCUCACCAACAUUUUAUUUAGUAUAGAGUGGAAGGACACAUCAGCUAGGCACUUUAAUUUCCUUCAUUAAUUAAUGAAUUGAAUUAAAUCUUUGACAUGUAUUCAUUUUAUUUUGUAUGAGUCAAUUUAACCUUUUUGAAAAUUAUUCUUCAACAUUAAUGUCAGAUCUUACAAGGAUCUGUGAUACUAAUAUCACUAUGUGUUUUAAAACAUUGAAAUGAAUAACUCACUUUGAAAUCCCUCCAAAUGAACCACUUUAAGUAGCCAUUAUUUUUAAUUGAAAUAUGAUAAAUAUACAAAAUGUCCUAUAUGGAAAUCCUUUGUUUUUAUCUUAUUAGCAGAGCAAUGUAAGUUCUUAUUUUUUAAAUUACAUGUUCUGUUUUAACUGAUUUAUAACAAUUGAAAUUGUAUUUGAG